AUGCCUAGACAAAGAAGAUCAGCUCCUGCUCCAAGACAACAAAGUAGAUCAGCUCAUACUGCUGCUGCUCCAUCAUCAUAUCAAUCACAUCCUCAACAAUCUCAAUAUCCAUCAGCUCAUCCAGCUCAUCCACAAGCUGGUCAACAACAAAGAUCUCCAGGUUUAUUUGGUCAAAUGGCUUCAACUGCUGCUGGAGUUGCUGUUGGUUCAACUAUUGGUCAUACUUUAGGUGCUGGUAUUACUGGAUUAUUUGGUGGUUCAUCUCAAAAUCAUGCACCAGUUGAUCAAGUGCAACAACAACAACCAUUAGAUCAAUAUCAACAACAACAAUCAACUUUACAAAAUGAACAAGUAAGACAUUGUGAUGCAGAUGCAAGAAAUUUUACAAAAUGUUUAGAAGAUAAUAGUGGUAAUAUGCAAAUUUGUGAUUAUUAUUUACAACAAUUAAAAGCAUGUCAAGAAGCUUCAAGAAGUUACUAA